ACGGUCACACCAGGCCUCGCGUUUAUUUCAAUUUGUUGUUUUCCUGGUUUAAUCGCAUUUUAUUUAAGUUAAACGAAGCGCACAAUUGCAGUUUUAAGUCAAACAUGAACGUCUUGAUCCGCUGCUCCUUCCUGCUGCUCACGCUGGCCAUUUGCGGCAGCUGGGCCAUCCGGUGCUACCAGUGCUCCUCGGACCAGGAUCGCAAAGGACACGACAGCUGCGGCGCCUACAAGCGAUUCAAUCGAACGGAGCACAUCGCCAUCGAGUGCAACAGCGACGAGAGCCACAUGCCAGGUUCCUUCUGCAUGAAGGUGGUGCAGCAGGGACCCCGAGGAUUUAUCUGGGACGGUCGUUGGCGUCAGGUCAUCCGACGAUGUGCAUCCGUUUCCGAUACCGGGGUUACUGGUGUCUGCAAUUGGGGCGUCUACGAGAACGGCGUUUACUGGGAAGAAUGCUACUGCUCCAGCGAUAGCUGCAAUGGCUCCAGUCUGAUGCAAAUGCACGGAUCCUUGCAGCUGCUGUUGGGGUUCCUGCUGAUUGGCGCUGCCUCCAGGAUUCUGAGAAGUUAAUAGGACAACCAGGUUUACUCUCCCCA